AGGCACUCCCCGGACAGCCCAGCCGCUGUAUAUCGCGGGUCCUCGUGAGGCUGCCUGCUUUCUUUUGCACGAACUGCAAUGGCGGAUUACGACAACUACGAUGACCGGGAUCGGGCAUACGGUAGCUUUGGUGGAGGACGAGGAAGGCCUCGAGGUGGCAGUGGUUCAGGAGGACCCCGCAGACAGAAGGAGUUACCCAUGGAGCCCCCAUACACAGCAUAUGUUGGAAACCUGCCCUUCAACACAGUGCAGGGAGACAUAGAUGCCAUUUUUAAAGAUCUGAAUGUAAGGAGUGUCCGGCUUGUCAGAGACAAAGAAACAGAUAAGUUCAAAGGUUUUUGUUAUGUUGAAUUUGAUGAUUUGGAAUCCUUAAAAGAAGCACUGACAUAUGAUGGAGCUCUUUUGGGUGACCGGUCAUUGCGAGUCGACAUAGCAGAAGGCCGAAAGCAGGAAAAAGGUGCAGGAGGCUUUGGAUUUCGAAAAGGUGGAGCAGAUGACAGAGGCCGUGCAGGUUCCAGAGGUCCCCGUGGAGGAGGGCGGGAUUCCGGAGAAGACUACAGCCCAUCUGGAGGUGGUUUUCGAGAUGAUGACUUCCUAGGUGGGAGGAGUCGAGGUGGUCGCCCUGGUGACAGACGAGGAGGAGGAGGAGGAGGAGCAGGAGGUGGUGGUGGUUCUGGUUCUGUGGGAAUGGGUCGGUACAGAGAUGGACCACCUAGGGGGUCCUCAAUGGACUUCAGAGAGCCUUCAGAAGAGGAAAGAGCACAGAGACCAAGACUCCAGCUAAAACCUCGAACAGUCGAUGCUCCUCUAAACCAAGUCGCCAACCCACAUUCUGCCAUAUUCGGUGGGGCUAAGCCCCGUGAGGAGGUCAUUCCCAAAGAAAAGGAAUAAAGUGACCAGGAAACUUGCAGCAAAGCCACAGAGAACUGGGGAGGGGCUUGGAACUGUAGCAAGACUCCUGCCAGUGGAAAUGCCACCUUCCUACCAGUAGGCAAGUCCGCCCCUCCUCUUCUGAAGCUGAUCAAGAAAAUCUGUAUUAAACGAGCCACACACACGUGCGCGUGCGCGCACACACAAAGAGCAGCUUGUGAAUGCAUGUCGGCUGUUAACAAGUGGUUUUUACGUACACCUCUGCUUCCCUGUAUUUAGUGCCUGCUUUGUACUGUAGUUACUGGGGUGGGAGGGGGGCAGACUGUUUACCUGCUGGUUUUAAACAUGUAAUUAAAGCGCUGAAAUACUGUAUAUAAACGUAAAUGAGGAAAAAAUGUUUAAUCCAAACUGGCAUUUUUGUCUCCCAAAUCUUUCCUCUUUUUUUUUUUUUUUUUUUUUGUUUUUUUUGUUUUUUACUGUCAAAAUAAAUCUGUUGCUUUUGUGCUGCCAUCAUCUGUUCUUUGAGCGUUGGUUCUCUGAAUUGUACUUGUGAGUUUACAAUGUAUCAUCCCUGUUUUAUUUCAAUAUAUAUUUUUAAGAUAAUAAAAUUCUAAAAAGGCUGCAUUAUUCUGAAAAGCUAAAGUUUGGAUAUUUUGCCAAAUUCAUUUUGAAAAUCUUUCAGACAUCAUUGAAGAAAAUGCAUUCUGAAGCUGUGUCUGGGAACUCUGCUUCAGGCUGGUAGGAAUGUGUUUUUGGAACUUUAAAGAAGUGAUAGGAACAGGUUCAUUAAACCAAUGUCAUUUUUAUGUUUCUUCACUUUAGAGAACAUUCAGCUGUCUGACAUGAACAUGUGUGUCCAACGUGUCAUGACUUGGAAUGUCUGAAAGAUUUUUGAUGUUCUUCCCACCUUGCUUUCCUCCUUUUUUUUGUUUUGUUUUUACAACCCCAGCUAACGUGCUUAGAAGUGACAGCAGGUGCAGUACUGUACAACAGGGUAUUGUUAGGGGCUUUAUGGCAGGUUACCAGUCUUGCUUCUCUUGGUCAAUUUCACCCUGUUCUGUUGAAUGUUCUUUGCAAUAACUUGUGAUUACAUUGCUGAGCGUGAUAACUAUCACAGGCCUAUCCAUCCUGGGUGCCAUUGGCAGUGGAUCUUCAUUUAAAAAUAGCAUUCACAUCCCUCAUCCAGUGCUCUGGCAGCUGGGAUUCUUUGGCCCGCUAUCAUACUCCCCUCAUCGUGUCAAAUGUGAUUAUUGGAUGAAGUGUUAGGUAAUUUAAGCUUCCACAGUUAGUGUUUCCUUUAUUAGGUAGGGGUUAUCUGCUUUUCAGCAUUAGUCGAUUGAAUUUUACACAGCAAUGCUAGCAAUACUAAACAAGUGCUUGCAUCAAAGGUGGCACUACAGGUGUCUUGGCUGCUAGCUAGGCCUUGAACUCGCAGGCCAGGCUCCCUGCUGCUGUGCAGUUUUGCAUUGUUUGAGGUGGCAUAGCCAAUAUGCUUAGCAGCAGAGAGGACUGAGGCAUUCAGCAGUAAGGUGUUUGUGCUAUGUCUGUGGCAGAGGAGUACAGCUACUUCAUUGUCCUUUUUGUCUUGGAAUGAUUUCUUCUCAUUUUUUCCAAAUAUAGAACAAUGAAUUAGCUUUUUGCUUAUGCACCAGUUGGUCUUGGCUAGCUGAGGAGCCUGGGGUCCUGUGGCUGUUUUAUUACUACCAAGGACAAGAAAUUGUAUUUGCAUCUGACAUUUAUAGCGCCCAAUUGACGUAAGGUCUUGGCGACCCUCUCCUACAGCCACCUGGGCUUUGAGGGGGUCGAUGACUACCAUUCAGUAAGCACUCCAGCUAAACACACACUGUGCUGUCUCUUUUCAAUGCAAACUCCCACACACUUGUGAUCACCUAUAGGAACCAUUUGUCAAACACUCAUCAUAUAGGACAUGCAAUGCUUGUAUUUCUUCUGUGUGAAUUUUGCUGGUUUAACCCUUACAGGGGUGAGGGGUGGGCAUUUUUUUUUUCUUUUGGUUUAAUACUUUGCUUUGUAAGUAAUGUUUCACAUUCUGGUCAACUGUGUUGGCUUUUAAAUGUAAGAGAA